CAUAAAAUUUUCAUUAAUUUGACAGCGAGAAAUCGUGUGAUUUUCGGACAGCUGAUAAAAUUGCUAAAUUUUAAGAGUAAAUCGCUCUGUUUUAGUUAAAUUCUACCGACAAAUAAUAUCCGGGACCAUGGCCACCAAAGUCGCGUCGAAAAAGUUCAAAUGGCAACUCGAUUUCGCCUCCAAAUCCCGCAGCAGCGGCGACAUCGCCUCCCCGCCCGGUUUCAACCCGUCCGCCGGCCAGGUCAACAGCGAGGUGGCCCGCGACAACGACCAGAGCCAUCUGAUCCUGAAGAAGUCCUGGGACAUUGCGCUCGGCCCGAUCAAGCAGUUCCCGAUGAACCUGCUGAUAAUGUACAUGUCCGGCAACUCGAUUUCGAUCUUUCCCAUCAUGAUGGUCGUGAUGAUGCUGAUCCGGCCGUUUAAGGCCAUGCUGUCGACGGGUGCCACCUUCAAGGUCAUCGAGGGGGUGCAAGCCACCGGCCAGAAGUUUGUCUACUUCCUGGGGAAUCUGGUCAACGUGGGGCUCGCCCUGUACAAGUGCCACAGCAUGGGUCUGCUGCCGACGCACGCCUCGGACUGGUUGGCCUUCGUCGAACCGCAGGCCCGGCUCGAGUACUCCGGCGGUGGUAUGUCACUUUUGUAAGGCGUGGUGAGAAAGAAAAGACGACACAACUGCAGGAUUUUUUUUUAAAGAAAAUAAUUUAUAUUAUUUCAUCUCUCAACAUAAUUACGUUGGACGCGCGUUCGGAGCAAACAAAGUGUGGUUUGGAAACAAUAG